AUGACACCUCUCUCCCCCAGAUCGUCAAAGCUGGCGAAACCCCCUCCGAAGCAAAAGAGUUCGGCCACGGACUGGCGUAUCGUCGGGCUAGAUCUCGAGCCAUCAGACCUCCCUUCGCCAGCUAACCCUCAGCUCCGCACAAUCCUCUUCGCACCUGCCUUCACUAGCAGAGAUGCGGCCCAGACAGAGAGGUUUCGGACCAACGUGGCCGUCAUCCUGCGCGCCUACGACUACUUUUUUGAUCUCCAGGAGCUUCCGAACUUUUGGAGCCGACUGCGGACGGCUGUGAGCCCUUUAUACAGCGCUGCGAACAUGGAUGCCGUGGUUAAGCGCUACGUCGCGGCCAGGCGUCGAUUUGUCGAAGCCGCAGGUGGCUCGGCGAGAGCGGGGAAGGGACUAGAUCUCGUCAUCACGACUCUCGCAGACAAGCUGCAUUCUAACUCACUGAGGAAUCUUUGCAAAAGAAAUCCCAAGGACCACCAAUUUACUACUCGGGUAAACCUUUGGGCUAAGGAUAGUAAAAACCUAGACACCUUGCUUGGCAGCCUCAGAGAUCCGGCGACCAAGAAAUGUGCUGCUAUUAGCACAGAUGUCGACAGAUCCGAGUCAAAAUCGUCUCCCAAAGCAGAAAUGUCCAAGCAGGAAUUACCGGACGUAGCGAAGUCGCCGUCAGACGGUGGCCAGUGGAUUUCGCGAUGGCUGCGGUCGACAGAGGCAGACGAAAUAGCUCCUGGCGACGGUGCUUCGGCGAUGGAGCCCUUCACGUCGCCCACAGUGGCUCCGAUGAGCACGUGGGCCUUGAACAAGCCGCGGCCACAUGGUGCUGGUCAGCUGUCCAAAGAUGAGACACGCCUCCCCGCGACAGCUCGCGCAAAGAGGCCAGCCGCCCGUGACUUUAUGUCACCAGACGACUCUAAGCGACGAGCAGUCGAGGCCUCCAGCCCAUACUCGCCCCAGGAUAUUUCUGGCACGGCUGUCGACAGGGUAUCCCGAAGAUCUGCUAGUGUUGGCUCUUCCGAUGCAUAUUCCCCGGCAAAGUCGUUUGCCAAGCCUCUCAACAUGGAGGUCGAAGCUCCAGCCAGGAAAUCAAAGACCAAAAUCCUGAGAGAUAAUGCAGUUGCAGGCGAGGAAAACAGACAUGGGGCGGAACUAGUGUCCGAGUCAAGCGAACUGGACAGCACCAUGGCUGGCUCCGAACGACCAGGCAUUGUCAUUGGCGGGAAGACCGUACCAGCCGGGGGCACAAGCCUUUCGCCCGACGGAGGGCCUGCAGUGUUCCGAGACAGUGAAGAGUUGCAGCGUUUGCAGCAAGAUCUACUGGGAAAGACGCAGCAGAUCCAGCAGGUUCAGGGAGCGCUCAAGCUUGCCAACGAUACUGCAGACGCAUUACAGCAGAAAGUCAUCGGCAUGGGCGAAACAAUUGCCCAGCUCGAUCAAGAAAAGGCCAUGCUGGCCAACGAUCUCAAAAUCACCAGGGACAAGCUCGCGACCGCAACAGCCAUGGCGCCUGCUACCCCCACCACUACUGUCACGCAAGUGCCCACAGUCACGCCCGACACACAGCUGCAACUGAAGCAGUUUGCAGCACGGCGUGACUACAAAGGACUUCUGGCCCACAUCGCAGCCAAGCUGCCGCAGAUGGCCGAUCCCAUCGUGAGCAGUCUCCGGCAGGAAGCAGGCGACGAGCAGAGCGCGGCGUGGAAGGCACUCGAGCAUGUCUGGAUCGCGCUAGAUUGGGCAGAGAAGCAGGCUACGCUCAGUGCGGAGAGUCUGUAG